GCUUCGGCGAUGGAGACAGCUCAUAAGAGUAGUUUCGUUCGUUCCGUCGGUACCAGGAGAAGCGAAGAAGGCGCGACCUUUACAGCACCUUCACUCCCCACGCAUCAUGGCUUCCCGAUUAGCCCUGAGCUGCUUUCUACUGGCUAGCGUUGGCGUCUGCCUGGCGACUUUUGGACAUGAACAUGUUCAUAUUCGGGUGCAUAUACCUGAAGAGCAUCACUCUUCCAAAGAAGUAGUAAUACAUGAAGACCACGGACACGGCGGCGGCGGCGGUGGCUACGGAGGCGGUGGAGGCGGAGGCUUCGGGGGUGGACACGGAGGUGGCCAUGGGGGUGGUCACGGUGGCGGCGGCGGCGGCGGCGGCGGCGGCCAUGGAGGAUCUUUUUCUGACCACCUGCAUGGAGGCUUCGCCGACUACCUGAAGGGUGGUGGAGGCCACGGAGGUGGCGGCCACGGUGGUCACGGCGGAGGCUUUGGCGGUGGCUCUGGAGGAGGAUUCGGAGGUGGACAUGGCGGUGGCCACGGAGGACAUGACUUUGGAGGAGGAUACGACUUGGGUGGUCACGGAGGCGGCGGCCACGGAGGCGGUGACUUUGGAGGACAUGGAGGUGGUGACUUUGGAGGACAUGGAGGCGGUGACUUUGGAGGACACGGAGGUGGUGACUUUGGUGGGCACGGCGGCGGCGACUUCGGAGGCCAUGGCGGUGGCGAUUUCGGAGGUCAUGGCGGCGGUGACUUCGGCGGACACGGGGGUGGAGAUUUUGGUGGACAUGGCGGUGGUUUAGGCGGAGGAUACGGCGGCGGUCACGGAGGAGGCUUCGGAGGAGACUUAGGUGGUGGCCACGACGACCAUGGUCACGGCGGUGGACUAGGCGGUGGAUUCGGCGGCGGAUUCGGCGGCGGAUUUGGCGGUGGUCACGGAGGUGGUGGUGGACAUGAUGACCAUGGUCACGGCGGCGGCUUCGGAGGAGGUAUAGGAGGCGGCUAUGGAGGUGGCUUCGGAGGUGGCCAUGGAGGUGGUGGCGGUGGCCACGAUGAACAUGACCAUGGCGGUUCACUCGGAGGUGGAUUUGGCGGAGGUUUCGGAGGUGGUCAUGGAGGAUCAGGCGGCGGUCACGGAGGUGGUUACGGAGGUGGUCACGGAGGUGGUCACGGAGGUGGUUUCAGUGCUAGUUUCGGAGGUUUCGGAGGUGGCAUUGGAGGAGGACACGAUGAUCACGGUAGCAGCUUCUCUGGUGGACACGAUAGCUACAGUGGAGGAGGUGGAGGUGGAUAUUCAUCUGGAGGCCACGGCAGCUCAGGUCUAGGAAGUUUCGGUGGUCACGGAGGCGGUAUCGAUAGCUACAGUAUCGGUGGCCAUGGAGGCGGUGGCGGCGGAGGUGGCCAUGACAGCUACAGUAUCGGAGGUCACGGCGGCGGCGGUGGCGGCGGAGGCCAUGACAGCUACUCCAGUGUAAGCUUCGAUUCAUUCGGUGGAGGCGGCGGCGGCGGCCACGGAGGCCACGGCGGUGGUGACAGCUACAGCAUCGGGGGCGGACACGGUGGUCACGGAGGCGGAGGUGGAUUUGGAGGCGGUGACAGUUACAGUGUCGGCUUUGGAGGCCAUGGAUCUGGAGGUGACCACGGUAGUGGCGGACACGGCGGUGGCGGCCACGGUGGAUUUAGCUUAGGUGACAUCGGAGGAGGUCACGGAGGUCAUGGAGGAGGAGGCUUCGGUGGUGACAGUUACACAAACGCCAUAGGAGCUGGCCACGGCGGCGGGCCCUACCACAAGCGAAAGUAACACACUCCUAGUAUUAAUAAAACCAACUAAGUCAUAGUCCUCAAACGCCCAUGGAUAGUGUAUCCAGUGUUAUAUAGUACAACAUUGUUAAUUGUAAAUAGGUUAUAGAUUAAGUUAUUGUUGUUCGUUUAAUUACACGUUAUUUAAUUUUU